AUGGCGACUCUAAGCAGAGUAUUGAGGAAAAGUUUGUUGAAAAAUUCACUUUUUCAAGCCUCUAAAUGUUUAGGAAUUCGAAAUUUUUCGGUGGAUGUAGACGAUAAUGUAUCAGGGAUCACAUCUGAGCAAAAACAGUUAAGAGAGACAGUCAGCAACUUCUGUCAGAAGGAAUUAGCCCCAUAUGCUGAUCAAAUUGAUAAAGAAAAUAACUUUUUACAGUUAAGGGAUUUCUGGAAAAAUCUUGGCCACUUAGGACUUUUAGGAAUAACAGUCCCAGAACACCUUGGUGGGUCUGGCCUUGGAUAUUUGGACCAUUGCAUUAUUAUGGAAGAGAUGAGCAGAUACUCUGCAGCAAUUGCUCUCAGUUAUGGAGCACACUCUAAUCUGUGUGUCAAUCAAAUUUACAGAAAUGGUAGUGAUAGUCAAAAAGAAAAAUACUUGCCUAAGUUGUUGAGUGGUGAACACAUAGGUGCCUUAGCCAUGAGUGAGACAACAGCAGGAUCUGAUGUUGUGGCCAUGAAAAUUAAAGCAGACAAGAAAGGGGAUUAUUAUGUUCUAAAUGGAACUAAGAUGUGGAUUACUAAUGGACCUGAUGCUGAAGUCCUGGUAGUUUAUGCCAAAACUGAUCCCAGUAAUCCUAAGCCACAACAUGGAAUAACUUGCUUUUUAAUUGAAAAGGGUAUGGAAGGUUUUACCACAAGUCCUAAGCUGGACAAACUCGGAAUGCGAGGAUCCAACACCUGUGAAUUGGUAUUCGAGGAUUGUAAAGUUCCAGCUGCAAAUGUAAUGGGAGGUGAAGGAAAAGGUGUUUAUGUUCUAAUGAGUGGUUUGGAUUUGGAGAGACUUGUGCUGGCAGCUGGACCUGUAGGGGUGAUGCAGGCAUGUCUGGACGUUGCAUUCCCUUAUGCUCAUCUACGAGAGAGUUUUGGAAAGAAAAUAGGUGAACAUCAGUUAAUUCAAGCCAAGAUGGCAGACAUGUACACGCGCCUGAGCGCAUGUCGCACCUAUGUUUAUUCAGUAGCUCGUGCGUGCGAUACUGGGCAUGUUAACUCCAAGGACUGUGCCGGUGUGAUUCUUUAUGCUGCUGAAAAUGCAACUCAAGUUGCAUUGGACGCCAUUCAAAUUCUGGGUGGAAAUGGCUACAUAAACGACUACCCAACGGGACGAUUUCUACGAGACGCGAAGUUAUACGAGAUUGGCGCCGGCACAAGUGAAAUUAGAAGAUGGCUAAUAGGAGAGAAAAUCAACUCACAGUUCCUUUAAUUACUCUCAAUUAUAAUAUAUUAC